UCCUUUGUUAAUGUUAUGAUUAAUAAUCUCACUUCAUCUUUAUCCACUUCAUUCGUUCACUUGAUUAGUUUAUGAUGGAAAAUGGAGAGUUUAAUUUAGUCAUAGAAUGUCUUGUCUUGUCUUGGUUUUGCUUUAUGGAGAUAUGAGACUGAGUCUGACUUCUGACAACUCUGACUGACUACCCAAAUAACAAAUAGCCUUUACUCUUUUUUUUUUUUUUUUUUUUUAAUUUUAUUUUCCUUUCUUUCUUUCUUUCUUGUGAGUGUUGAUCGGUCUGGUGGUUUGGGUUUUGGUUUGGGUUUUGUUUUGAAGAAAAAAGAAGAAGAUGGCUUAUGGAAAUGCUGGAGAUGGAGGUGAUGUUACUUACAGAAAAAUAUUCGUGGGAGGACUUGCCUGGGAGACGCAGAGUCCCGCCCUCCGCCGUUAUUUCGAGCAGUUUGGCGACAUUCUUGAAGCCGUCGUCAUCUCCGACAAGAACACCGGCCGUUCCAAAGGCUACGGUUUUGUUACAUUUCGUGAUCCACUCUCUGCAGAGAGAGCUUGCUCCAACCCCAAUCCCUUGAUUGAUGGUCGCAAGGCAAACUGUAACCUAGCCUACUAUGGCCAAACUCGGCCUCCUCCACCUUCUCCCGGGGCUGGGCGUCUGAGACCUACAAUUCCUGGCAUUGAAGGGGUUCCCAACACACCUGCCAACUAUGGUGGAAGUGUUGCUCACUAUCAACCUUUUCCUUAUACUCAUCCACCUGGGUUUCUGUAUCCUCCUUACGGAUACAUGCCAUACGGCCCUGGUUAUGGGUAUCCUCAGGAUGUUUAUCAUCGUUAUCCAAGUCAACAGUACCUUCAAGGAUAUGGGGGUCCCUCUGCUACAGUCAACUCUCCAUACCCAUAUGGACAAUUUGGUCUUCCACCUCGUCUGCCCACUCAUAGUCAUCAAACCUUUCCUCCAUAUCCAAUGCCGGCUCAUAAUAUGGUGCCUUAUGGUGGCAUUCCUAGAAUGGCAUCACCUUAUUAUGCUCAGUCCAUUCCCAGCAGCUCAAGGACACAUCCUAUGUAGGAUGUACUACUCCUUAUCAUCUAAUUCUUUCUUAGCAGUGAAGCUUGAUUCGAACAAUCAUACGUCGAGGUUCAUCUGAAAGAGUAUUGCAAGAUGUCAAGAAGAUGCACAAAAACUUGGGAGUUGAAUAUUUGCUUGGGUUGAGUUGAACUUGAGGCCACCAUUGCAAGGAUUUGUAAAUAAUUAUUUUUAUUUCAAAUUAAAAACUCGUAGUCUUCA